UGUUUUUCAUAAGAGUCUCUGGAUCCUCAGCAGUACCUAACUUUCCUCUUCAGAGUGAGUUGCAGGGGAUACUGAGGAGCAGGAGAACCCCAUCAGGCUGCAGCCGCUAUGCCUUGUUUCCGGGCUUCACCCUCCUCCUUGUGCCUCCUCCUCUUCCUCCUGGCUUCCAGCUCUGCCUCUGAAGAUGAUACUGUGGUGGUCACCAGCAGCGGUCCCAUUAAAGGCAAAAGACUCCCAGCUGGCCCUGGCUCUGUGACCGCCUACCUGGGCAUCCCCUAUGCUGAGCCCCCCAUAGGCAAACUGCGUUUCCAGAAGCCAGUUCCACAUCAGCCGUGGAGCCAGGUCUUGGAGGCCACCAGCUUUGGCAAUUCUUGCCUUCAGGUAAACAUUGAAAAAAUGCCAUUUGCAGAGCUAUUUGCUGCUAACACACCACUUUCAGAGGACUGCCUCUUCCUCAACAUCUGGGUGCCCCAUCCACGGCCAGCCACACCAGUGCCCAUCCUCCUUUGGAUCUACGGCGGGGGUUUCAUCAUUGGCACAUCCUCUUUGGAUAUGUACAAUGGGGCCUUGUUAGCAGCUACAGAGAAUGUCAUUGUGGCCUCCAUGAAUUACCGCGUGGGGACCCUGGGUUUCUUGUACAUGCCGCCAGAUGCCCCAGGAAAUGUUGGCUUGUGGGACCAACAUCUGGCUCUGAAGUGGGUGAGUGAGAACGCAGCUGUGUUUGGCGGUGAUGCAGCUCGGAUAACUCUCUUUGGCGAAAGUGCUGGAGGAGCCGCAGUUGGUUUCCACCUGCUUUCACCGGCAAGCCAACCCCUUUUUGCCCGUGCUGUGCUUCAGAGUGGAGUUCCCAAUGCCCCCUGGGGUUGGAAGAAUCCUGAAAAUGCCCUAAGAGAUUCAGCGAUGGUGAGUGGCCUCGUGGGGUGCCCUAAAGCUAACCACAGUGCUAUGGUAAGCUGCCUACAGGGGUUGGAAAUGAACAGCAAAAUGUUUGAUGCCUUGCAAACUUUCUUCUCAUUGACAACGGAUGGGGAGUUCCUCCCAGAUGAUCCCCCAAAGCUGCUGGAGAGUGGCCUUGUUCAUGGCAAACCCAUUCUCACUGGCGUCACUGCUGAUGAAGGGUCAACUAUGGUAUUUUUUAUGUUUCCUAACAUGACAUUGAAGGAUGCAAUACUGACCCGGGAGCAGGCCCUUAAAGCAGUCAAUGGAACUUUCAAAGGAGGAACCAAACAAAAUGUUGACCAGGAUGUGCUACAGAAGUACACUGAAGGUAGCCAUGGGUCAGAACAAUAUCGUUUGGCCAUGAGUCAUUAUAUGGGAGAUUACUUCUUUGUGUGCCCUCUGCUUGAGUUUGCUGAGAAGGUGGGGAAAGAUAAGAACCAAGUUUAUGUUUACUCCUUCGACCACCGCAAUCCCGACUCUAUUUGGCCUGAAUGGGCGGGGACACCUCAUGGAGCUGAGGUACCUUACUUGUUUGGAAGCGUGGAAUUAGUGUUGCAAACAAACCGGUCGGAGGUGAAGGCCGCUGAAGCCGAAUUGAGCCGCCAAGUGAUGCGAUACUGGGCAGAAUUUGCCAGAAGCGGGAAUCCCACUGGGUCCAUGGGAGAUGAGGCACAGUGGCCUGUCUACGAUGCCGCAGAGCAGAAGUUCUUCCACAUUGGCACAGAUGUGGCAGCCCAGCUCAAACGGAUGUCGCCUAGCCCACAAUGCGAUUUCCUGAGCUCCUUGCAUUCUAAGGCCACACAAACAGAAAAAUCUCCAGAAGUUCCUGCUUCAUCUAUUUUGGAGAAAGAUGUGAACAGUGCGACAGAAACUUAGAAAGGCAGAAAAGGAAAUAUCUUGCAGCAAGUGAAAAGGGAAGCUCUGAAAUGGGGAAAAUCAUGCCUUAGAAACAGUUUCAGCUAGGCCUGCUCCUUAACACAACUAUUCACAACGUAGCUGUUCAUUGGGACAAAACUGACUGAAGAAAAAAAUAAAUGGUGUGAUAGGCAGUUGAUGAAAAUGUAAAUCCCACUCAGGCAUUUGGUACUCUGGGCAACUGAGUGCAUGAAUGGGAUCUGCAGAAGACAUGGGCUCAUUUAGGCUUUCCAUCCCCAAGGAGGCAGCCACCUGCAUAGAAUAAUAGAAUCAGAGUUGGGAGGGGCCCAAGGGUCAUCUAGUCCAACCCUCUGCAAUGCAGGAGUCUCAGCUCAAGCAUCCAUGACAGAUGGCCUAUAGGACUCCUUUAUGCUGAUGUCAGUCAUGCAUCCCUAGGCAGCAUGGCUUAGCCUGUGCAUUCUGGAGAGGCUCUUCAAAUGUUCAGUAUUAACAGGUAGCGAGUGCUUAAGUGGGACUGAAACUGAAAGGAAUGAAGUGAGUACAGCCUUGUUCUCUCAGAGGGCAGCCGGAUUACCCCUUUGUCAUUGCUCACAUUCAUAGGUUUUUCCAACCACCACAAGAAGAUAUCAAGAUUAGGAAUCCUUGAAGCUUUCGUUCUGUCUGAAUUUUUCAUUGAACCAACCUAAGUGUGUCUGUCCUGAAAAAAAUUUGCAGAUCAGAAGACAGGCAGACUUGGGUUUUCACAGUUCACUAAAUAUUGCAUACUGGGUUUCAGCUCAGAUACAUACCAAAAUGCAUAUUAAAAAGGGAUGUGCUUAGUUGAAAUGUGUAGAUAAAGGCAGAGUUUGUGAGGAAAUAUAUACGUUCAAAAAUAA